AUGUGGCUCAUCGAUACAGAGCACCACUCCCUUCGCAAGUUCGACAAGCCUCCGUCUCGAUACGCUAUCUUGUCCCACGUCUGGCAAUCAGAAGAGCAAGACUUCCAGUUUGUCGUCUCAAGAUCCCGGGGAGAUCGAAGUAUUGCCUCGAAAAUCACUGAAUGCUGUCGACAUGCGAGGAUUCGAGGUCUCGAGUGGGUCUGGAUCGAUACGUGCUGCAUUGACAAGACGAACAGCGUCGAGCUCUCCGAGGCCAUCAACUCCAUGUACAAGUGGUACGCCGGCGCUGAUAUUUGCUUCGCCUACCUCUUCGAUGUCCCGGCCAGAGCGAACCCAGCCGCGGCCGGCUCCAAAUUCAGGCUCAGCGUUUGGUUCACGCGCGGUUGGACGCUACAGGAGCUCAUAGCGCCCAAGAACCUCGUCUUCUUCUCCAGCAACUGGACCAUGCUCGGCACGAAAGAGUUCUUCGCCACCCUCCUCCAGGAGAUCACCCUCAUCGACAUCAAGGUCCUCCGGUUUCAUGCACCCCUCUCCUCCAUCUCUGUCGCGAAGCGCAUGUCCUGGGCGUCUUCCCGCGUCACCACACGUGUCGAGGAGGACGCUGCGUACUGCCUCAUGGGUAUCUUCGACAUCAACAUGCCGACCAUCUACGGCGAAGGACCACGCGCUUUCCGCCGACUGCAGGAGGAGAUCAUGAGAACAUCACCUGACCAGACGCUCUUCACCUGGGGCUCCUCAGCGUAUCAAGACCAUCUCACCUUCCACCCCGAACGACACCACGCGAAGUGA